GGUGUAGAGAGCAUGUGAGAGUGAGAGAAUGCUUGACAGGGAGGGAAAAGUGAGAGAAAAGAAACAGAAAAAGGAGUAACUUCCUCGUUGCUACAUGAAAACAUAGAAAUACAAUUUAUUGCAAAGGGUCAAGGUUGGGGAGAACCACCUGACCACCUGACUCCACAGCUCCCAACUGACAGAGGGACAGAGAGAGAUGGACACCUGUUCAUUUGGAACACUCAGACAUGUGUUACUAAUCUGGUAACACAGGUUGGGGACCUGGACAAGUUUGGCUGCAAGAGGGGUUGGAUCAAAGCCACAGCCCAAAGGUGGGUUCCAAGGGAUCGGGCAUCUACCAUCCACUAUUCAGAUUCAGUGGGUUUGGAUCAAUUGACCCUCUGAGUUUCAACCUUCUCACAAAUUCUGGAAGGAUUUAAACUAUGAUUUAACAGAUUACUGUGUGGUUGAGACAAGAAGACUGCAAAGACAGACAUUGGUUUACUGGAAUUUGUCAUAUAUUCACAAAGGAUAGUUUUUUAAAACUGAAACUGUGUGUGGAAACUGACAUUUUCAAUGGUCAAAACAGAUAAACUAACAUCCCCAGAACACCCAAGAGUUCACAACCAUUUCAGACAAUAUGCACUGCCUUCCUCUUCCUUGUUCAUCUUUGCCCCGCCCCAUAAUGUCCGUAAGCCCCACCUUGUUCCUUGGAAUAAUUCUGUUCCUCCAAUUUGGUCCCCCGAGGGCCAGGGCUCAGAAUGACACUGAGCCAAUCGUGUUGGAGGGGAAGUGCCUGGUGGUUUGUGACUCCACCCCCUCAUCGGAACCUUCGGGUAACGCUCUGGGGAUGUCGGUGCGGUCGGGGACUGGUCGAGUGGCAUUCUCCGCUGUCAGGAACACCAACCACGAACCCUCAGAGAUGAGCAACCGUACUAUGACCAUAUAUUUUGACCAGAUCCUUGUGAAUGUGGGCAGCCAUUUUGAUCCAACACGGAGCAUCUUCGUGGCGCCUAGAACAGGAGUCUAUAGUUUCUGUUUCAACGUGGUCAAGGUCUAUAACCGACAGACCAUUCAGGUGAGUCUGGUUUUAAAUGGACAUCCGAUCAUCUCAGCCUUUGCCGGGGACCAAGACGUGACCAGGGAAGCAGCCACCAACGCUGGCUUGGUCACCAUGGAGAGAGGAGAUAAGGCUAAUCUCAAACUGGAGAGAGGGAACCUGAUGGGCGGGUGGAAAUACUCCACCUUCUCUGGGUUUCUGGUGUUUCCUUUGUAA